CGUGGCUGGCGUGACGGUGCCGCUGCCGCCGGGCCGGGGCCGUCGCCGGGGGUGGGGGUGCCGUCGCCGCCGCCGCUGCCGGGCCCCGAGCGGGGAGCGCGGCCCCCGCCCCGCAUGGAGGGCGGCGGGGAGGCGCUGCCCGCCGACCUGUGGGAGCUGGCGAGCAAGGUGGGGCGCCGGCCGCCCGCCGGGCUGCUGCGGGGGCUGCGGGCCGAGCCCGCCGCCGGCCCCGCGCCGCCUCCGCCGCCGGCAACCGCCACCCCGAGCCCGGCCCCGGCCCGCGGCGCCCGCCCGCCGUUCGCCGACCGCCUCCGCGCCCUGCGCCUCGACCUGGGGAAAUCCAGUGGCUUUCAGCAGCGAGUAUCAUACAAGCAAGAAUGUCUUGGCAGGCUGGCCUUCCCGUUAGGAAAACAGAUGUUUCUACAGCAAUUGAAGUUUUGCGAAGAGCUUCCCCUCAGCCUUGGAGGGACAAGAAUCGGCAAUGCCUACCUGAGAGCCGUCGACGUGAAAAUCCUGCAGCAGCUGGUGGUGGUGAACGAGGGCAUUGAGGCUGUGAAAUGGCUGCUGGAGGAGAAGAGCACGCUGACCAGCCGCUGCAGCAGCCUGACCAGCAGCCAGUACAGCCUGGUGGAGAGCCAGGAGGCGUCGCGGCGGGGCAGCUGGGACAGCGUGCAGGACCCCAAUGACAAGCUGGACAGCAUCUCCAUUGGUAGCUACCUGGAUACACUGGCUGAUGACAUGGAUGAGUAUUCCCAGAAUGCCGCCGAACCUGCCACAGCAUCCGCACCAGGCAGAGCCCUGGCCAGGGCAGAGCAGGACUGGGCCAGGAUCGACCACGACAGGGGCUUACCUGCAAAGCAAGAGAAGGGCAAAGCUGAGCAUGAAUGGCCCCAUGCGGACCACUUGCCUGCUGGGCUGCCCCAGGAUUGGAGCUGCCCGGACCAGCAGCGGUUUGCGAAGGAGCCCCAAGUGGCCAAUGGCUAUUUGGGCAAGCAGCCCUCCUCUCUGGAACCAGGCAAAGACACCAAACUGCUGUCAGGGGCUGGGGAAAGGAUGGGCAAGGGGAACCCAGGUGGGAAGGCUCGGAAAGCUGAAGCUGACUUUGAGAACUGCAAACUGAACAGCAAAGCGCGCCUGGAAUAUGAUGCCCACUGGCGCUGGCUCCAGUCUCAGGAUGAUGUGACGUUCUUGUAGCCCAUGGCUUCACAUUCCCAGUCCAGCUCUGCCAACCAUCUGCUCUGCUUCAUGUGUUUCUGCUUGGGAGAGUGGUAUGGCUAGGGAGGGGAAGAUGGGCUGGCUUGGCUGUGUCAUGCUGUCUCUCUGACCUCCCCCCGGCAGGGUUUGGUGAUACAGCACUAGGGGCUUGGGGUGGGAUGCCCACCCCAUGGCAAAUUACCUGGGAGAGGCAAAGCAAGGUAGGUCCCCGUAAGUUUGCUACAGGGUGAUGCUUGCAGGUGGCUGGUUCCAUGAAGGGACCUGGUGGCCCAUUGUCCUUGAAGAGGGACAUUUUGCUUGAGCUGGCAGUGAAGGGUUGGUGGGGGACACCUGGGACAGCAAGACUCCUGGGUUCUCUCCCUGGCUCUGCAUCAGCCCUCUAUUCCUCAGCUUCUCAUUUGCAUAACGUGGGGACCCUUCCCCCAUCUACCACCCAGACAGGACAGGAGAUGCGCCUGCACAUCCACAGCUUGGUGGCACCAGCAUGUUUGGUGUGAGCCAUGGGACAGGCUUGUGAGCAGAGAGGUCUGAGUGUCUCUAUGGACACUCAUUUCCAACAUUCCUUUUAAGGCCAGUGUCUGUCUAGGGUGAUUAUGUGUGAGAAGAGCAGAGCACUUGGUGGGAGACGGAGAUCCAAUUUUCCUCUUUUGUUUCUGGACUGUGUCCCACCUUGCAACCAAAUCACGAGAAAAUCCCAGUUGAGCGAUACUGGUCUUGAUGAAGUGGAAGUGUAUAAACAGCCUGGCAGAGUCUGUGGGGUUCAAACUAGUGUUACAAGUCUUGUGCUUUCCCCUGAUGCAGCAUGAUGGAAGUGAUGGCCAGGGUUCUCCAUAUGUUUGAUGAAUGGUGACAGGUCUCUGCAGCCAGCCAGCAAUCAGAAACAUGAGGUUUCUGGAGGUGGAUUUGCAAUGUCCCUGCUCUAGAGACAUCUCUGUCCUUUUAGCCAUGGCUUUUUCCUGUGCCUUUUACCAUCCACACGCUAUGCUUCCCAUCACACCCUCUUGCUGGCUUUUAGAGCAUGGCUUACAGCUGGAGCUGUGUGUUAGCUUGGCAGAAACUGCUCCCUGUAAACGAGCAGGGAAGGACCUUGGCAUCCUGCAGCCUCCACUUCGAGGACAGUGGCUCUUCCACCUGCACAGCGGUAGGGAGAGGAGCUUGGAGUGUCCCAGCUUUACUACCUGUGGGUGCAUCUGCUCCCGACUGAGUGUGGAGACGGCCUAAUUUGGGGCUUGGUGCCAUUCUUCCCCUCUGUCUGUGAAUCCCAGCCUGACUUUUUCCUUGUUGGGGUGGUGGAAGUUAGGAUAAUGUCUCCUGAAGUCAGUGGGAAAUGAAGAGGGGGCAAAGACGUUGUGAAUAUUUCUAAAGCAGAGGUGGUGUGGGCUGGGCAUGGUUAGGAAGGCAGUUGGGUGCAUGCUGUCAGCCUUGCACCUCUGGAGCAGCACCUUCAGUGGGACUCCUCCUCUCCUUGCUGAGACUUGUGAGCACCCUUCUAUCCCACAGCAGUGGGGGAGAUCCUCAGGGCUCUCCUGGGUGGAUGUGGGGAAGUUUUUGCAUUCGGGGCUAAGAGCAGGACAAAACUCAAAUUCUUGGAGGUGGCAUCUGUCCAGGUCCUGGGGGAAUCCCCAGCAAACCAGAGCUGGGCUGCCCCGCACAAGUGCGUCCCAUCUGCCUGCAGUUGAGAAGCCGUGCUUGGCUUGCAAUCACCUGUGAGCACCUUAUAGCUUCCUGCGUAGGCAGCUAUGCCACGGCCAGCUGAGCCACUACGUCCCUUGAGGCUGCCUGUCUCCGGCUGUCCUUUAGCCCUGCAUGCGAUGAAUCAGCCGUGGGUCCUGGGGGAGAUGGGGUAGGUCCUCUGACGCUGUUGGAAACCACUGUUGACAAAAAUAGCUGGCUUAAUAAAUGGUAGCGUUUCUGCAA